AAUCCACUGUCCUUUGCCGUUUGUCUGUCAUCGGUAGUAUUGACAAAUGCGCUUGUAUUUUUAUCCGAUUAAACUAUAUAUUUUUUUCAUUCAGGAAUUUUGGCUGUUAAUUAGAUUUGAUACAAUACAUCCGACAGUCAAGACUGAUAAAACGAAACAACGCGUGUCGAAAAGCAGUUAUCAAAAGAAAAAAAAUAUAUAUAUAAUAACUUAUUUUCUUGCACUUGACCGAUAAUGUCACACACGUUUGUCCACAAGCUGAGGACUGCGAAAGUUAAAGUACAGGCUAGGUUGAAUAGAAACAGUGAAGUUAAAGGUGCCAAUCGGAGUAGAAGUAGCAGCAAUGCAUCCACUGACGUUUCUAGUUUGGGCACGACAAAUAGAAAAACAACUCUUCCAGCAACAUCAAAACCACAGUCAGCAGUUAACCCACAAGGACAGCACGUACUGAAACGUCACACGGUGCCGCAGAAGUCCCCAAAUAAAGCACAAAGUCACUGUGCAUUUACAGUAAUCCCUCCAGACCAAAAGAAAAGGAAUGAGCUUCAAAAAAAAGCAGAAGCUGAGCUGACCGCUUUGGAGGACCUCAAAAAGAGAAGGUCCACAGGCCGCGUAUCCAUUACCCCGAGUACUGUAGGGGGCAGUUUAACAAUGGAAGAGGUAAGAAGAAAACAGCAGGAAGAGAUGAAGAUGGCAAAGUCACGGCUGAAAAGUAACAAACCUGGAACUUCAUCUGCAGCUCAAGACUAAAGCAAAUUGUUUGACUGAUGUCUGAUGUCAUUUUCUGGGAACGUCUGGAAAAGUGUAUUAAAAUGGAUUAUUAAAAACAAAAGUUGCAUUUGAGUUCCUUAUAUUUGCCAUGAAUGCAUA